AUGCACCUUACACAAGGGGUACCGCCAGUGGCCGAACUGCAGCCGCAGCCGCAGCCGCAGCCGCAGCUGCAAUCACUGGCACAGGCACAACCGCAGGCGGAGUCGCGGGCGCAGGCGCAGUCGCAACCAUCGCAGUACCGAUCACCACAGAAGGCCGCGCCGCAAGCUGCGGAGACUCAAGCUGCGCACAGCGCGGAGGAUCAUUUCGCUGCGCAACCCGCGGGUUCCGCCAAGCGCCAGCUGCUGCAGCAGCAGCAGCAGCAGCAGCAGCAGCAACAUCAGCAAUCCUUGCCCAUCGUGGCUCCCUCCGUGCCGUCGUCCCAUCACAUGCCGCCGCCGCCGCCGUCCUCGCUGCAGCACCGCCCGCCCCUGCCGCACCACCUCCCUCCGCUCCCCGUUCCCCAAUGGCGCGCAGGCCCCGGGGGAAAGGCCAUGCUCUCCUCUUCUCUCUGGCCUCCUCACGCUCCCGCGGGCUCCUUUCCUCACCCCUUUGUUCCUAGAGAUUACAUCCAUUCCGCGCCCCCUUUGGUUCACAGCUACCCUCCUCCAGACUGGGUUGCUGGCGGAGGUAACGACGCAAUAGAGCGCGGGAGCGGGGGAGGCGGGGGAGGCGGGCGCAGGUACAAGCGGCGGUCGUCGCGGCAGUCGGCUCCGCCUGUUCCGCACCCGCUCGGCCUGGACUACGGAGGCCCGCCACCGCCACCGCGCGGGUCCCGAAUGCGGCGGCCGGAGAAGCAGGCGCAGGCGCAGGCGCAGGCGCAGGCGCAGGGGCAGGCGCGUCAGCCACGUCAGCCGCGACAACCGGGGCAGCUCCGGCAGCAGCAGCAGCACAAGAAGAUCUGGAAACGGCGGCGUGCGCCCGGGCCGGGUUUCGCUUCAGCCGCUGCGGCGGCGGCGGCGGAAGUCAACGGGUCGGCGGCGCCGCUCCCGCCACCGUCGCUGCCGUCUCCGGGAGACGCGGAGGGGAUGUUGGAGGACGGGGAGUUCCGGCCGCCGCGUCUGCAGGAACUGAAACAGCGCAACCGCGUCGGAACGCGAAGCGCUCCGCGCAACACAACGUCGUUCAUCAUGCAGGCGCGCGGAGGCGCAGGUCCGCUUACCCCCGCAGGCGCUGGCGCAAGCGGAGUUGGCGCCGGCGCUUCUCCCUCCCCCGCUACAACCCCGCGGCUGCUCCCCACCCCGCUGGCGUCGUCUUCCCCCGCGCCGUGGGGAGUGGGUUUGUCGAGUAGUCAGGACGGAGCAGGAGAAGGCGACAUCCGCGAGUUCAGAGUAAAUCCGUACGGAUCUAUGAACGGAGUAAUUAGACUAAGGACGCCUGACGGAGAGGACGACGAGGACGGCGUUGGCGUCUUUGGCGGCGGCGGCGGCGGCGGCGGUAGCGGCGGAAGCGUGGGCGGAGCUGGUGGUUUUUUCCGCAUGGGCGGCGGCGCGGACGGCGGGGACGACUCGGAGGGGAGCGCGGGGACGGUGGAGAAAGGGCCGUCGCGAUCGACGGGCGGUUCGGGCGACUCGGAGGAGCAGGAGAACACGUCGACGAGCGAGAGCCACGGAGGCGGCGCCGCGGACGGCGAGGGAAGCAGCGGCGGCGGGGGGAGUGUCGGAAAUGGCGCUGCUGGCAGCGGCGGAAGGGGAGGGGGAGCGGGAGAGGGAGGUGAAGGGGGAGGAGCGCGGGAAGUAGCAACCACUGGGGGCGGUGCAGCAGUGGGCGGGGCGGGGGCUGCGGGAGGGGGGGAUGGGGGGGAGAGGAGGCUUGACUUGGGGCUGCAGCGAUUUCAGAUGCUCUACACUGGGGACACCGCGGGAGCCAAUGGGAUGAUGCCACAUCAUCCGGUGAUGGGCAUGGCAGCGCGCGGAUCCAGCGGGGAUUCGUUCCUGCGAGCGCGGAUAGACGAGCAGGAGACGCAGCUAGCGCAGCUGGAGGAGGAGAACCUGACGCUCAGAGAGCGGCUGUACGUGGCGGAGCAGGAGGUGAAGGAGCUGCGGCGGCGCCUGGGCGAAGGGUCCGACGAGAUGGUGGAGAUGGGCGGUGACAACAGCGACGACGAGGCCUCCUGCGCUGCUGCCGCACAUCCUGCUGCCGUGUUAUGA